UCAGACCGUCACGCCAACACUGCCUCGGGACUUAACCUUAAAGUUUGGGCGAACUUGGUUCUUUUGAGGAUGGCACUUCAUUCAUAUCUGUCAUAUUCAGCCUUGUUUUGCAGUAUCCCCACAAUCAGCAGGAGGACAAUUCAAAUGUGAAUAUAUUUUUAAUCCAAAAUUGAGAGCCAUAAAAACCACAGUUAAGAUUGUUUUUUAUGUUUUCAGUGCCUGACGAUGGCUCAGCUCAUGGACGUGUUCUUACACGUUGGUGUUGUCCUUCUCAUAGCGCCCUCUUGUGGAAGUCAGAAAACAGAUAAAUCUCCCCAUCAGUCGGUCACAGUAAUGAUGGGUGAAGAUGUAGUGUUGCCCUGUCAGCUGGAUCCUCCUGUGGAUGCUGUUUCCAUGACACUGGAGUGGGGGAGGUCUGACCUUGUACCCAGAUUUGUCUUUGUUUGGCACAAUGGCAAGGAACUUCCAGAUAACCAAAACAAGGCCUACAAAGGCAGAGCGUCACUGUCUGUGGACAAACUGAAGCUUGGAGACCUCCAACUGACUCUGACUAAAGCCAGGAUCUCUGAUAACGGGACCUACAGAUGCUCCAUUCCAACGAUGAAGAAAGAAAUGUUUGUUGAUCUGACUGUUGGUGCUGCCUCUCCACCUAGCGUUAGCUUAGCAGGCAUGGAUAAGGCCAACCAUGGAGUGAUGUUGGACUGUGAGUCUAAAGGCUGGUACCCACAGCCUGAGCUGAUGUGGCUGGAUGCUGAGGGACAUCUCCUUUCUGCUGGAGCUCCAGGAUCAGUCAAAGGUCCUGAUGAUCUCUAUACUAUCAGCAGCAGAGUGACUGUGAAGAAGACAGCCAGCAACAACUUCACCUGUAAACUCCAACAGAGGAACAUCAACCAGACCAGAGAGAGAAGCUUCCAUGUUCCAGAUGAUUUCUUCCUGGUUCCCGGUUGUUCCUCUUCUAUAGCCAUCAGUGUGGUGUUUGGCCUCAUAAUUAUCUUCAUAUGUGUCUUCAUGGCCUGGAAACUGAGAAAUAAACUAAAAGGAAAGAAGAACAAAAAUGAAGACAGAGAAGGAACACAGCUCAUGAUGGAGGGCAAGAAAGUGGAUAAUUCAGAAAAUAAGUUAAAGCUUUUAGAGGAGUCACUGAGAAAAGAGUUCAAAGAGACACUGAUGGGACUGCAUAAAGAGCUGAAGCAGCAAAAAGAUGAUCUCACCUUAAAGAAGAAGGAGGCUGAGAGUGUGGUUGAGGAACAUGAGAGAAAGGUUAAAUCAGUGGAGAAAGAAGUUUCUGAGGAGAAGGGAGAUUUAAAAGAAAAGAAAGCACAGGUGUAUUUAAAACUCAAAGAGAUCUGUAGGGAGGCCGGCUGGAGCCAUGAGAACAGAAAGCAAGACUUUCAACAACUGGAGAUGGACACAGACAAACUGAUGACAAUGAUGAUGGAUGCUGUAAAGAAGAUGGAGAACAACACAGAGCAACCUAAGGAAGAAAUGUGA